AUGGCGACGGGAUUUGUGGGCCUCUCAGUCGCGGUGACGCUACAGAAUCCCCAGGGAGCUGUUUUGGUGGGCGUAGUCAGUGGUGUUGACCCGCAGACGUCUACUCUGACGCUUCAAGAUGUCUUCUUCCCGAGUUCUGGCCACCGUUUGGCUUCGUAUAAAGUAGAGGGGCAUAUGAUUGCGGACAUCAAGGUCAACACCCCUGCGCCUGCUCCUCCCCAGCCUGCUUCGUACUCUCAAUAUGCGCAAUCACAUGCGCAGCAAAACCCACAAAACAUUGGCCAGCCAAUGCCGCACAUGGUCAAUCAACCGUCGUCAAUCCCGCACGCUCACCAAACCUCACGUCAAACCGUCCCCCAACCAGCUCAAGCUGCACCCUUCGUCGAUCCUGCCAUACUCAGCAUGGGAAAACGUACAUCCAGGGCUUCCUCUCUCAUCCAGCCCGUGGCUGCAGCACCGCAAGAAGCUCCCGCCACGCCUAUUAAGCCUAUGACUGCUGCGAGCGCCGCCACUGUAUCGAAUAAGAAGCAUCACAAUAUCCGAAAGCCAAGUGCGGCUACGCUAGAAGGACCCUUUUCGUCGCUGGAUAUUGCGGAUGCUGAGGAGGCAGAUACUGAGGCAAAGACUGCUCAAGCUAUGGCUCGCAGGGUGAGCAUCAAUACGACUAGAACUGGUAAGCCUAUGGAUGAUUCAAGUCCACAAAAGAACGACGACGCUGGCAAAAAGACUCGGAGAGGGGGCAAGUCUCGUAAGAAGGAACUUGCCGCUCAAGAGAGGAAGAACGGAUUGGGCCCAGAUACCAGCAGGAAAGGCAAAGGUAAUGGUUGGAGGAAUACCCCCAUGCUACAGGCUGCCGAGCAACCAGAGACUAGGACACCUGGUGUUAUUGGCGGACGGGUCGGCCUUGCAGCAGCAAACGCCUCGAACCGCAAAACGAAACGGCAGCAGGCUCUUGAGGCAACCAACGGCUGGGCUACAGAAGACGCAACCGAUAUCCAGGAACUCCCCGAGUUCGACUUCCAGAGCAACCUCUCCAAAUUUGACAAGCGGACUGUGUUCAACCAAAUUAGAAAUGAGGAUACGACUGCAGAUGAAGAUAGACUUGUCAGCUUCAAUCGCUUAGCCAGGCCUGGAACACACGGCGGGAAGAACCUACACCCUACAGAGAACGUAUUGGACCGAAAGCUGAAAAGCACAACCAAUACAAGCUCCGAAGAAGAGUCGGAAUUUGGUAGUGGGCGCAACUCUAGACGAGCAAUGUCAAGGGCUUCCGUUAAGAGAGCACCAACAAGGCAAGGCAGUGCUGUCGGUGUACAAGCAGACAUGGACAUGAUGGGCUCUGGCGUGCUCCGUGCUAAUCGCUCGUUUAUCAACCGACCUUACGCAUCUUCUCAUGCGACUGGUAGUCCUAGGCCUGGACGUGUUGCUACGCCUCCCGACUCACCUCUUGAGUCCAGCUCAAAGGGCUGUCUACGUCUUAUUUCGAAUAAUCGCAAGUGUUUUGCCAUCACCCCUGGUAGCAUGCUGGCGGUCGAAGAGACCGCAGAGGUGGAGUUUGGGCUUACGGAAGAUCUCAUCGCAGAGAGUUCCGGCCGAGGUAUCGCUGAAGUCGCACUGACUGCCAUAAACCCUGGUGGCAGACGACUCGCUCGCGACAAUCCCAAUCCCAACCCUGUAAUAGUUGUGCUGGCAGGCAAUCACCGAGGAGGCGCGCGGGCCAUAGCAGCAGCACGGCAGCUUGCUCAACGCGGCCCGAAAGUCAUGGUCGCCCUUCUCGGCUUCGAGCGCAACGCCGACUGGGACAAGGACAUACGGCGACAAGUUGAGCUCUUCCGGAAAUUCGGGGGUUCGGUGCGCGCCUGGAAAGAGACGGAAGAAGCUCUCAAGCGGCUCCAAGCACCACCCGAACUCAUCAUUGACGCUUUGUUAGGUCGUCACAAGGAGUUCGAAGCACUUGGUGAUGGAGACCAGCGAGUGGUUCUAAGCAUUGUAGGGUGGGCGAAUAAGUCGCGUGCUGCCUGCCUCGCAGUCGAAACGCCAUCAGGCUUAGGUGGCUUAACCGGCGAAGUCUCCAUUCUUGAAGGCGAGCCGCUCGAAGUCCGCGCAAAGUACAUUGUAUGUCUCGGUGCGCCGCGAACAGGGCUUCUGAGAGCACUCCAGAAUGGCGCCGGACGGGAUCCUGAAUGGAACAUCUGGAUCGUCGAUAUUGGGGUUAAUAAACCCUGGCGCAGCGCUGGUAUCAGUGGCGGCAAAGGCAUCAAGUUCGGUGAGCAGUGGGUCGUUCAGGCGAGAUUCGAAGAACCGCCUGCUCUUGUCGAUGGCGGUCGCGCCUAG